UGUCUUUUCUCACACCCCCUCCACCUCCCCCCCUCGACUCCUCUCUUCUGCUGCUGCUGCCAAUGCAAGGAUUGACUACUGUCUCUUUCCCCUCCCUUCCCCACUCACCCACCACCCAGGUACGUAUCGACUCCCAGACUAGCCAUCGCAUGGUGAUUCUUGGUAUUCCGUUCAUGGCUUGUUCGCCGUGUCUGUAGUUUCGUGUGCCAGUAGCUUUCCCAUCGUGCCAGUCAACAAUCUAGACUGCUGAAAUGAGAUGGGUUGCCGUUCCAGUCCGGGUUGACGACUCUCUAGCGCAUUUUCGCCUCGUGGCGGUUGCCUCUUCCCUGCAUACGGCCAUGCUGGGUCUACUUUAACUAUCCGCAUGCCUGCAGCUGAGACAUCUUCUUCUUUUUUUCUACCUCCAGCACACCCUCUCUGCCUUCUGUUUCUCUGUUGCAGGAUCCCUGUCACCACCUUCGAGGGGCACCCAUGGCGGACGAGAAGACUCCGCAGCCCGUGGCGGGCUCUAUUCAGGGCCACCAGGUCGACUUGAACCAGAUGCCAAGCGGAUACUAUCGCAGUCCCAACUUCAUCGGCUCCGUGGUCGCUGUCUGUUUGAUGGCCAUCAGUCUGUACCUGGGUUAUGUCUUGCCGGUCAACAGCUUGACUGCGAUCAAUGAAGAUCUCGGACCGGACCCCAACUAUAGCAUGAUUUCGACGGUGUUCACCUUAAUCUCCGGAGUCGGACUGCUGCUGGUCGGCCGUCUGGGAGAUAUCUUCGGUCGUCGGUAUAUCCUCAUCGGCGGACAGGUGCUGGGACUGAUUGGGGCCAUUGUCUGCGCGACCGCGAAGAACGUCCCGACGGUGAUCGGUGGCAGUGUCUUGUGUGGAUUGGCUGCUGCCGUGCAGUUGACCUUCACCUUCGUGAUCGCGGAGUUGGUUCCCAACCGGGCUCGUCCUGUGGUCAACGCCAGCAUCUUCAUCACCACCCUCCCCUUCUCCGCCUUCGGCUCCAUCAUCGCCAAUGAUUUUGUCGCCCACACGGCAGCCUCGUGGCGCUGGACGUACUACCUGAACAUGAUCACCUGCGGUUUGUCCAUCAUCCUGCUGGUGCUCUUCUACUUCCCACCGGGCUGGGACCGGAAGCGUGGUGAGCAGAGCCGCCUGGAGGGGCUGAAGAAGUUCGACUGGAUCGGCUUCGUUCUCUACGCCGCUGGUGUGGUGCUGGUGCUGUUGGGUCUUUCGUGGGGAGGAACCUCGUACGCAUGGUCUUCUGCUCACGUCGUUGCCGUGCUGGUGGUCGGCUUUAUCUCGAUCCUGGUCUUUGCUCUCUACGAAAUCUACGCGCCCCUCGAGCAGCCCCUGCUCCCCAUGUCCCUCCUGCGCAACCCCGGCUAUGCGGCGACCGUGUGCUCCGCCCUGGUGGGCAACAUGGUGUACUUCUCCAUGAGUCUCUUGUGGCCCGAGGCGGUGCUCUACCUGUUCACCACCGACACGAUCAAAGCCGGCUGGCUCUCGAUCACCACCGGAGUAGGAGUCAUCGUGGGGGAGAUCGCCGCCGGGCUAUUCAUGAAGCCGAUCGGCUUCUCCAAGUACCAGCUCAUCGCGUCGACGGUGACCAUCACCGCGUUCUCCGGUGCCUUGGCGGCCAUCAACCAGCACCGCCAGGCCUAUGGUAUUGCCUUCACCGCCAUCGGCGGCUUCGCAGUCGGCUACCUCGAGCUCAUCACCAUCAUCAUGUGCCCGUUAUAUUGUAAACCAGAGGAUAUCGGCCUCGCCAGUGGAUUCCUGGGCUCCGCGAAGCAGAUCUUUGGCACUAUCGCCACGGCCAUCUACGUCGCCAUCCUCUCCAACCGCAUCACCGCUAACAUUCCCACCACCGUCUCCGCCGCCGCCACGCAGGCCGGCCUCCCGGCAAGCUCUUUGGCCGACUUGCUGGAGGCGGUCGCGGCGGGCACCACUGCCGCCCUCGAGGCGGUGCCCGGCAUGACGAGCACGGUCCUGGCGGCGGUGGCCGACGCGGAGAAGACGGCAUACGCGAUGUCCUUCCGCACGGUGUUCUGCGUGAGUAUUGCGUUUGGGGGGUUGUCAAUUAUCGCGUCAUUGUUUUCGCGGGAGGUGGAUACGAGGUUGGAUGGGGAGGUGGCGGCGACGUUGCAGGUGAGGUGUGGUGAGAGUUUUGAUUGAGAUGCCUUUCUUGACUUGCGAUUAAUGCGGUAUUGUUUAUGCUAAGUGAGGGGAUGCGGUCUGAGUCAUUUAUGAAUCCUUAUGAAAUUUGCUGCCUCAGGCUCGAGAGUGUGACAGGGUAAACAAACACGGCAAACCAGAAGAGAGGGAAGAUCACGUGCUGGUGAGCUUGUUGCUCUCGAUGCCUGAGGCAGAAACAGCGACGCCAGCAUCUGCUCGGAACUGUAAGGAAGGUGAGACGCUGAGAUCAAAAACACCAUGAGACUGA